AUGCCGUGGGCGAAGAAGACCGCGGCCGCGGCGGCCCUGGCGCUCCUAGUCGGGCCUGCGAGCGCCGCGUCGGUCCCGGCGCUGCGCGGCGUCCCGCCGGAGCGCGCCCAGGCCUUCGACCCAGCGGUGGGCGACUUCGAGUGCUUCGACAAGUCCAUGAAGAUCGCGCGGAGCCGCGUGCAGGACAACUACUGCGACUGCCCUGACGGGUCUGACGAGCCCGGGACCGCCGCGUGCCCCAACGGCACCUUCUACUGCCGCAACCUCGGCCACGGCCCGAGGAGGCUGGCGUCCGCGAUGGUGGACGACGGCGUGUGCGACUGCUGCGACGGCACGGACGAGCCCCGCGGCGCGUGCCGCCCGACCUGCCUCGAGAAGGGCGAGCAGGCCUACCAGGCGAUCAAAGCGAAGGUCGACAUCGGGCGCCAGGGCGUCGCGAUGCGCGCCAGCCGCAUCGCCAAGGCGGCCGGCGCGCGGAAGCACAUGCUGGCGGAGCGGGACCGCCUCGUGCGGACCCUCGCGGACCUCGAGAAGAAGGUGCAUGCGCGGCAAGCGCAGCUGAAGGAAGCCGAGCGCGCGUUCGAGGCGUGGAAGGCCGCGGGGGGGGUCCCGGUGGCGGAGCAGGAGCGCGCGGAGGGCGCCGCGGGGGACGAGACGCCCGAGGCGCCGGACGCCGACAUCAAGGAGGAGGACCUGGACCCCGACGAGAUCGGGCGGCGCAUCGCUGCGCGGUGGACCCACGACGAGGAGUCCCUGAAGCACCACGACACCCCCCCCGCGGCCACGGACGACGCAGCCGGGGACGCCGAGGCCCCGGACGGCACCGGCGUCGACGAGCCGAGCCUGAAGGACAAGAUUUUCGCGAGCGUGCGUCGCGGCCUGGGCCUCAAGGCCGCGGAGCCCGUCGCGGAGGGCGAGCACGCCGCGGGGCCGCCCGGGGCGGGCGCGGAGGAGGCGGCGGUCGCGAGCGCGCGCGAGACGCUCGCGCACGUGGAGGCCGAGGCGCAGGAGGUGCGUGGCCGCCUGGAGGAGCUGCGCGGCAACGUGGACCGGCGGUUCGGCCCCGACGACGAGUACAUCGCGCUGGUGGACGGGGAGUGCCCGAGCGCGCAGGCGGACAAGUACACGUACCGCGUGUGUCCGUUCGGGGAGGCGCGGCAGCACGAGGGCGCCGCGCACGCCUCCCCCGGGGUGUUGCUGGGGACGUUUUCCGGGUGGGAGGGGAGUGUGCCGGAGGAGGGCCCGCGCGGGGAAGCGACGAUGCUGUUCCGGGGCGGCGAGCAGUGCUGGGGCGGGCCGCAGCGGUCGAUGACGGUCCGUAUCGAGUGCGCGCUGGAGGAUGCACUGCAGGCCGUGGACGAGCCGUCGCGCUGCGAGUACACCGCGGUGCUGAAGACGCCGUCGGCGUGCGUGCCGUGGGCGAUCGCGGAGAUGGAGGCCGAGCUGCACGACCUGGAGCAGCAGCGCGAGAUGGCGCUCGCGCACGAGCGGGAACACACGGAGCUGUAG